AUUCGUUGGUAGAGGACCCCAAUACAUACGAUGUCUCCCAAAAGCAAUAACCUGGUGUUCGUCAAUGCGCAGGGGUGGGAUUGAAAUUCUAUUCUCUGAAACCCUAAAUACUCCCUCCCCUCUAAUUUGUCCGUGCCAUUAGCAAACAGGGCCAGAAAGUGUAGCUCCGUUGAUUAUAUUGCCGUCGGUUUGAUCUCACUUUUAAUAUAUUAUUCCAAUUUUAAUUGGUAGACUGAGGAGAGUAAUAGUUGAAUCGAAUGGGGAAGAAGAAGAAGAGAGGAGCUGUAGAUAAGAUGUGGUGCUACUACUGCGAUCGGGAGUUUGAAGACGAGAAGAUACUGGUGCAGCAUCAGAAGGCCAAGCACUUCAAGUGCCAUGUCUGCCACAAGAAGCUCUCUACCGCCGGCGGCAUGGCCAUCCAUGUUCUCCAGGUCCACAAGGAACAAGUCACCAAGGUUCCAAAUGCAAAACCUGGACGAGAAUCAACGGAGAUUGAGAUUUAUGGAAUGCAAGGAAUUCCACCUGAUGCCUUGGCGUCUCAUUAUGGAGAAGAAGAAGAAGAGACUCCAUUGAAAGCAGCUAAAGUUGAUAUUCCUGCCUCCCAAGUUGUUGGCAGUGCAUUAUCUGGAUCGGUUGGGUUUCCUCCACAGCCAAAUUUGGGAGCAAUGCCCCAUCUUUACAAUCCCAGUCUUCCCGUGUCUCCAAUGGGUUGGCAGGUCCCACCUCGCCCACAACCAUGGUAUCCUCAACAUCCUGCUCUCUCGAUGCCACCUGCACAAGUGGGACUGCCUCAACAGCCUCUGUUUCCUGUACAUAAUGCCCAUCCUCCUUUGCCUUCAGCAACACCCACUUUGAUUCAAUCUUUACCAAUCACGCCUCCAGGAAUGCCUGCGACUACACCUCCUAUUCCAGUUUCUCAGCCUUUAUUUCCUGUGGUUCCUAACAAUAAUAUUCCUCCUCAAAGCUCUCCAUUUUCUGCUGCUAUUCCUCCAAUAAGCAUACAUAGUGGAUCCUCUGUAGAAAUAAAGAGUUCGGAACCACAUUUUACCGGCACUUUGCCUGGCAACAGCUAUCAGUCCGCAGGAAUUCCAGGAGCAGUACCUCCUCCUGUGAGUUCGCACUCCUAUGCCUCCGGUCCAAAUACCGGUGGCCCUUCAAUCGGGCCACCUCCAGUAAUUGCAAAUAAGGCUCCUGCUGCCCAGCCUGCUACUAAUGAGGUGUACUUGGUGUGGGAUGAUGAGGCUAUGUCCAUGGAGGAAAGAAGAAUGUCGUUGUUGAGGUAUCAGGUGCAUGAUGAGAAUAGCCAGAUGAGCUCAAUAGAUGCUGCAAUUGACAGAAGGAUAUCUGAGAGCAGGCUUGCUGGUCGCAUGGCUUUUUGACGGACGCGUAGAAAAUAUAUCUUUGCAGAUUCUAGUACAAAAAUCUGAUGGUUCUAUCCAAGCAUGUUUCUUGCAAUUUCUUUACAUUUACCUGUUGUAUUCUUUAGACAAAUGGUUGAAGGAUAGAUAGCCUGUUCAUACUGAAGUUCAGAUUUUACCUGCCUUCUGCAAUCUCUUUUUGUCAUUAAAUUAGAAAUUGUUAACUUAUGAAUUAGAAGUACUGAGAUCAAAUGAUUAAUGCUGUUGGUUUGUUUUUUCAGAAUUCACCAUUUGUAUUAGUUAGACUAAUAACAACUGUGUUUAUUUUUUUUUCUCACUUAA